UUUGCUUACUCAAUGGCUGCCUGCCUUGGUUUCUUGGGUUACCAUUACCUCCUAGCUGUUUCUCUUUCUCUAGUCAUAGUCUUGGUUCAUGGAGAUAUCCAUAGCUUUAAUACAGGUCAUGAAGUAGUGAAGGAAAACGAAGUGAGCAGCUGUGAUUUUUUUCAAGGAAGUUGGGUUCUUGAUGAUUCCUUUAACCCUCUUUAUGAUUCUUCGAGUUGUCCCUUCAUCGGAGGCGGCUUCGAUUGCCAGAAAAAUGGCAGACCUGAUAAAGAUUACCUCAAAUAUAGGUGGCAGCCUAAUGGCUGUGACCUCCCCAGGUUCAAUGGCAAUGAUUUCCUGGAGAAGUAUAAAGGCAAGAAGAUCCUGUUUGUGGGGGACUCUUUAAGUAACAAUAUGUGGAGAUCACUGAUUUGCAUGCUACACGCUACAGUCCCUAACUCUAACUAUACCUUCGGCGCAAAAGGGCUGCUCUCAACAUUUUCAUUGUCGGAUUUUGGGGUUUCAGUUAACUGGCUGAAAAAUGGGUUCCUGAUUGAUAUGGCCUAUGAAAAAAUUGGUAAAGUUUUGAAGCUUGAUUCAAUCAGUACCGGAAACCAGUGGCUUGGAGUUGAUGUCUUGAUCUUCAAUAGCUAUCACUGGUGGACUCACUCUGGACGCUGGCAAACAUGGGACUACUUUCAAUUUGGAAACAAGACAGUGAAAGAGAUGGAUCACAUGGAAGCGUACAAGAUUGCCAUGACAACUUGGGCCAAUUGGGUUGACAAGAACAUCGAUCCUUCAAAGACUUUAGUCUUCUUCCAAGGAGUUGCAGCUGUACAUUUGGAUGCCAAGGAAUGGAAUGAUCCAAACCAUAAAGAUUGCACUGAACAAACAGAACCAGUGAAGGGAUCAACAUAUCCAGGCCCUGGCGUGCCAGGGGAAGCUAUUCUAAAGAGCGUAUUGAGUAACAUGACUAAACCUGCCUAUUUACUUGACAUUACUUUGUUAACACAGCUAAGAAAAGAUGGCCACCCUUCUGUCUAUGCCGGCCGCGGCCCCAAGUUCACUGAUUGCAGCCACUGGUGUCUUGCUGGUGUGCCUGAUACUUGGAAUCAACUUCUAUAUGCAGCUUUGCUUCAGAAGUAGCUCUUUUUCCAAUCUUUUUUGGGGGAAUAUGUAUCAUCUAAGAACAGCCACAUUGGUUGUUUGUAAGUGAAUAAAUUUAAGU